UGUGUGCUUAGGGAGGAGCGCCGGACAGCGUCCGCCAAUCCCGCCGCUCAGAUUGAUUUAGAGCUUCAGCAGCGCCGCUGGGAGCAGGAAAGGGUGGACGGGGACUAGGACUGGAACUUUCCCAGACACGAUAGAAACUGCAGAAGUAACUUUAAAGGGAGCUGGGAAGAAACACUUGACUGUAACUUUCAUCCUUGAGGUUUCUUCUCACUGAAGAACGCGCGGCUGUACAAUCCUCGGCAGUGUUCCGAGACUGUAUAGUCGGCUCUUGAAGAGUUUAAUACAACUGCAUAACGACUCGGACUGUUGCGUGUGAACAAACAAACAAACAAGAAAAAAAACAACACGUUACUUUUUAUUGUUGCUAUUUUUGUUUUAUAGAUUUUUUUUUUUCAAACCACUGCUGAAAAAAAAUAUAUACAUUUUUGCCUUAAUUUCAACCGGUGCGUCUUUAAAAAACAAACAAACAUGACAGCUGAUCAAGAAAAGAAAAGGAGCAGCUCGGAAAGGAGGAAGGAGAAGUCUAGAGACGCCGCUCGAUGUCGCAGAAGCAAGGAGACCGAGGUUUUCUAUGAGCUCUCCCACCAGCUCCCCCUGCCCCACAACGUGAGCUCACACCUGGACAAGGCCUCCAUCAUGCGCCUGGCCAUCAGCUUCCUGAGAACUCGCAAGCUUGUGUCCUCCAUUUGGCCAGACAAUGAAAGUGAGAGCAACAAGCAGAUGGACGGCCUGUACCUGAAGGCUCUGGAGGGAUUUAUUGCCGUGGUGACACAGGAUGGGGACAUGAUCUUCCUUUCUGAGAACAUCAACAAAAUCAUGGGCCUCACGCAGGUGGAGCUUACUGGCCAAAGCAUCUUCGACUUCACCCAUCCAUGUGAUCACGAUGAAAUGAGUGAAAACCUGAGCUUGAGAAACGGCCUAGGCAAGAAGAUUAAAGACUUAAACACAGAGCGUGACUUCUUCAUGAGAAUGAAAUGCACAGUUACAAACAGAGGCCGGACUGUCAACCUCAAAUCAGCCAACUGGAAGGUCCUGCACUGCACUGGACAAGUCAAAGUCUACAACAACAGCUGCCCUCCACACAUGCUGUGCGGGUUCAAAGAGCCACCUCUGACCUGUGUGGUCAUGAUGUGUGAGCCCAUCCCUCAUCCCUCCAACAUCGACAUGCCUCUGGACAGCAAGACGUUCCUGAGUCGCCACAGCAUGGACAUGAAGUUCACCUACUGCGACGAGAGAGUCACAGAGCUGAUGGGGUACUGCUCAGAGGAGCUGUUGGGACGCUCUGUGUAUGAGUUCUACCAUGCUCUGGACUCGGAGAGCAUGACCAAGAGCCACCAGAACUUGUGCACCAAGGGUCAGGUAGUGAGCAGUCAGUACCGGAUGCUUGCAAAGCACGGGGGGUAUGUUUGGGUGGAGACCCAGGGCACUGUCAUCUACAACACCCGCAACUCCCAGCCACAGUGCAUCGUGUGCGUCAACUUCGUGCUGAGCGACAUCGAGGAGAACUCUGUGAUCUUCUCCUUGGACCAGACUGAGUCACUGCUCAAGCCACACGUCCUGAGCAUGAACAGCUUCUUCAACAGCGGGGUGCCAGCGUCCGACGCCAGCGAGCAGCUCUUCACUAGGCUGAAGGAGGAGCCAGAGGAGCUGGCACAGCUGGCACCCACGCCCGGAGACACCAUAGUCUCCCUGGACUUCGGAGGGCCGCCAUUUGAGGAAGCUCCCCUUUACAAGGCCGUCAUGCCUCCCCCAAACAAGCCCUGGGCAGUGGAGGAGAGGAAUCCAUGCAGCCAGCCCGAAGGGAAGAGCCUGGCCGCCUUCUCUGUGCCGCAGGGCUCCCCGGCCAGGACCCCCCUGAGCACCAGCAGCACCAGCAGCUGCUCUACACCAAGCAGUCCCAGAGACUAUUACAGCUCAAUGGACAAUGAUCUCAAGGUUGAGCUGACUGAGAAGCUCUUUGCAAUGGAGACUGCAGCGAAGGCCCAAUGCACUACUGAGUUGGAGCUCAACGACCUGGACCUGGAGACCCUGGCUCCGUACAUUCCCAUGGAUGGAGAAGACUUCCAGCUGAACCCCAUAUGCCAGGAGGAGCCACCCCUGUCUGAAAACAGUGCCAACAGCAGCUCCCACCACAGCUUCAGCACCAUCGCCAGCCUGUUCCAGCCACUAGCCUCACCCCUGCCCAGCCACGUGCUGUCCGAGAAAUUCUGUGCUCCCAUGCAGCCAUCUGCAGAGAAGAGGAACCCCAGCCCUGCUGCACCAGGCCCCCGUACACCCCUGCCCUACACGGGCACCGCCUUGGUGCCCUCCUACCACACCCUCACCAACACUCCACUGUCUUCCAUGGGGGGCAGACAGAAUGUUCAGUGGCCACCAGACCCUCCGUUUAAUUACCACCCCAACAAGUGGAGCAUGACGGACCAGCUUCCAGGGUGCCAGUCCCAUUCGAUGUCUCUUUAUAAGCAAAGGUCCCGGGAUACCUUUUUCCAACAAGGCAAAGACGUGACCCCACCCAGGACUGCUUUCACCAGCCAUUACAAGCGCAAGAGACAGGCAGAGUACAGAGACCAACCACUGUUUCAGCAGCUUCUCAUGGAGGACCCAUCCCAAAGCAAGUCCCCGGAGAUGAUGUGGAAAAGAAUGAAAGCCCUGACAGCUGACAGCUGCUCCUUCAUGGAGAAGAAGAAGAAGUCAUUUAGUAUGAGUGCUCUUCAAGACAAGUUCAACACUGGACAUGGGUGUCUGGAUCAGGCUAUCAAUCAGCUUCAGCAGGAGAAGCCACAGUGCUCUGGAAACAAUGGUGAAAAUCAAAGAGCGACAUUUCCACGACAGUUCUACGGCCCCAACUAUCGGGAGUUCAGCAUGCUGCCUGCUCCAAAAAUGGAGGGAAUGGCAAGUUGCCUGCUGGGCCCAUCGUUUGAGACCUACUCCCUGCCAGAACUGACCAGAUAUGACUGUGAGGUUAAUGUUCCAGUCCUCGGCAACCUGAACCUGCUGCAAGGAGGUGACUUGCUGCGUGCACUCGACCAAGCCAGCUAAACCUCCCGCAAUAACCGCUAGCCUAUAGCUUACGAGCAGCUUGGUUUGUUAUUUUUAUUAUGUUAUAUAAUAUAUAUAUAACAUCUCUUUUUUUAUUAUUUCUUUCUAAUAUUGAUAUAAAGACAUUUUACUUGCGUGUUCAAUGUGUCCACGUUUACCACCUAGUGGCCUCUUUUUGGUGUUAAAAGAUUUUUAAAAAAGCAUUCUAUAUUUGUUUGAUCUACUACAACAUUUUCUCUAUUUUAAUAAAACUAUUUUUCUUCUUCUCAGAGAAUCAUCUGACUUCCUUCUCAUUUCUCCUUAACUUUCUCAUCAACUGUCUAACUGUAAGUCUACAGUUCUGCUCAAUUCACGAGAAAUAACAUAUGCAGCACACACAAACAAAACAGACCUUUUCUACCUUUUUUUUUUCGGUCCUUCAUUAGUUUUAUAGUUCCAGAACGUAACACACUUUUUCUUCCACUAUAGGCUCUCUGUUUCCAUUUAACUAUUACCACUCAGAUACAGAGACGGCAAACCCACACAUGGACAAUACGAAACUUGCACACUGUUGCUUUUCUCAAACGAUGUCUUUACUAUUUGGUAGCUAUUUUAUAAUAUAUAAAACAAAAAAAGACGAUGUGGCUUUAAAAGAUGUAUAUUGUAGUGUUUAAUAUUAACUUGCCUUGGUACUUUGAUAUCUACCCAGUAGAAGCAGAGUAGGGACUUGUUUGCAUUAAUAACCAAUAUAAAAAUAAAUAAGGUAUUUUUACUUUCUAGUGCGGAUUACUGUUGUGAUAGUGGCAUUUUGGAGAAACGUGAAUGCAUCGACAGAAAAAGCCUACAACUUACAUUAAGAAUUUAAAUAUUAAGAGCACUCAUGGGGUCCUGCUUUAUUAACAUACUGUAAUCUGCUUUUGCCAAUGUUGUCUUUAAAGUUAACCCUUCAAGUGAUAAUCCUCAGUACCUGAAGAGCUUUAGGAAAUGCUUGUUUGAUCACAGAGUCGAUAGUCUUUUAGAGCUGCACUGCAUUCUGUGACAGAUCUGGGGCAGGUGUGUGUGUCUUUGUCUCUCUUGCACUUGCUUCUUUUUAUACAUCGUCCUCUUGCAAUCAGAAGGUUGAAACCAAGCCUUGCAAAUGCAUUUCUACACUGAGCAGAGCAGGUUGUUAAAAAGGUCGAGCCACACCAUGCACUUGUGCUAUAGACAAUGCAGACACCACGCUGGUGGAAAAAUGCGAUGCGAUGCAAAAGCCGCAUGUGCAAAUGUGAGCCUUCUGUACAGCGGUUAACACUCUUGCUGGAGCUUGGAUAGCUUUGCAGGUUGUGCCCAACCUCAGCCUCAAGUUAAGAUAGCAUUGAAAGAAUAAUAAAAGGGCUUUAGUACCAUAUACAGUACAACCUUUUGAUUGCUGGACAGUCAAUGUUACUGUUAUAUGUUAUAGGAUUAAACAGGGAUAGAUAUUUCUAACUGGUAAAUACAUACCGUUCUGUAACAACAAUUGCAAAAAUCGAAUGUGCAAUUGUAACACACAGUAACUUGGUAUAUGGACCUUUCUUGUAUUUGUAUAUGUAAUAAGGUUGGCGGGAAGUUGGGAAGCCCAGGUAUUAUUCGUUCCUGAGUGUCGGAACACAUUCUCUGGGAAAGCAUGACAGCUGUAUUAAGUACUGUAGGUAAACUGCCAGGGUAACGGGCUGUAAGGGAAGGCUCAGAGAAAGAUCAAACAAAUCGACGUGCAGUGAUACUGCUUUGUCACAUUGCACGCUCUGUUUCUGUUACUGCAUUACUGAAAUGUGAUUUGGUUUACACAGGCUGGUAAUGGAUAUAACAUACAAGGCACAGAGAAUUACAUAUAAGAGCAGCAUUUACAGACAAUUCAGAAUUCUGUAUUUUAAAGAAUCCUGACAUUUCUGACUUUUAAAUGAAAAUCUAAACAUAUUUGGGGAUUCAUAAUUAUUAUUGUUAUUUACAGUAUUCCAGAAACUGGAAAUGUUUUGUAAACGAACCUCUGAAACCAGCUAGCUUUGCUUUUUAAGUAUAAUAAAAAGUAAUGGCACCCACUCUUCCUGGCUACACUUUUCAGAGAGAGAAAGCAGCCAAUGAAAAAUAUGAGCUAAACUCUGCCCUUUAAGCAGCAUUUAUAAUGAGCCACGCUUACCUUCAGCCAAUUGUGGGGGACUAGGAAGAGUCAGUGUCAUUAAUCCCCGCCUUUUAAUCGAACUGCUGUUCAUUUCAAUUGAAAGAGAACCUGGGCUGUUGCUCAGUUUUAUAAAAUUGUUUUCAGGUAAGUGAAAUAAAUUGGGUUCCACUGGUUGGGUUACUGCUUAAAGAAGGUGUCUUUGCAGCCAUUGGGUGUAGCUAAUGUAGCACUUGAAGGGUUAAAACAAUUAUAUAUGCAUAUAUAUAUAUAUAUAUAUAUAUAUAUAUAUAUAUAUAUAUAUAUAUAUAUAUAUAUAUAUAUAUAUAUAUAUAUUGUUCUUUUUAUUGUAUACUUUCAACAUUAAAGACAACAUUUUACUAAAUGUUUUUUUUUUGUUUAUUUGUUUGCCAGUUUUGAAUUCUUGCCAAUGUCUUAAAACUAGCUGGUGACAUAAAUAUUUCACAGAUAUACUGCUAAACUCGUAUUGACAAUAUUAUUAAUGUAUGGAAAGUUUUACACAAUAAGGAAUUGUAUUUCUACACUGAUAUCUCAUUAAAGCAUACUGAUCCUA